AUGCCGGACGAAGAGAUGCGGACGUCGAACGACGAGGCGCCGAAGACGGUGGACGAGGAAACCGCCGACGUCGUCGACGACGCGAGCGCGACGCCCGUGAGCGAGGACGUGGAGCUCGCGCAGAGGAUCUUCGAUUGCGAACGAGAUCCCUCGAACGCGGACGCGAAAGCGGCGUUGAUGGCGAUCGUGGAGGGACGGAACAUGGUGGCGACGUACACCGCGAUGUGCGAGCGGUUCGCGUGGCCGAGCGAUGUGGGAACGGUGGAGCGGAUGACGAACGCGAACGCUGAGCGAUUGAAGGCGAUCGAGGCAAAGAUCGAAGACGCGAGGGAAAACUUGGGAGACGUCGAGGUGCGAGAUGCGAUGCACGAGCGAGCGACGUUUUAUGCAUCGAUUGGUUCGUGCGAGAAGGCGGUGGAGGCGUUUGAAGAGACGGAGGGCAAGACGACGAGCGCGGGGCAAAAGCUUGACGGGGCGUUUUCCUUGAUGCGCAUGCGGCUCGGGCGGAUGGAGCUAAACGAGGUCAGGAAGCUCAUCGAGAAAAUUAAGGAUAUGCUAGAGCAACCUGGCGGUGGAGACUGGGAGCGUAAGAACCGUCUCAAGGUAUACGAGGGGUUGCACGCGGCAGCGACGAGAAACUUUGAGUUGGCCACCAAGCUGUUUUUGGAUUCUUUGAGCACGUUCGCCUCGUACGAGCUCAUGACGUACGACGACUUUGUGUUCUACGCCGUCAUAUGUGCUAUUGUCACACUUCCGAGAACGGAGCUCAAGGCGAAGGUGAUUGACUCUCCAGAGGUUUUGAGUGUGUUGAACCGUCUUCCCGGUUUGGGUGAUUUUUUGAACGCGUUGCACAGAUGUGACUAUCGCACCUUCAUGGCCGCCUUCCCAGUUGUCGCGGCGCAAGUCGAGAGCAACGUGUGGCUAAGUCCGCACUACCGAUACUUCUUGCGCGAGGUGCGUGUCGUCGCCUAUGCGCAGUACCUGCAGAGUUACAAGAGCGUCACGGUGAAGAGUAUGGCGGACAGCUUCAACGUGAGCGAAGACUUCAUCGAUCGUGAGCUCUCGCACUUCAUCGUCGCUGGGCGCUUGAACUGUAAGAUCGACAAGGUCUCAGGGGUGCUGCAAACGAACCGUCCGGACCUUAAAAACUCGCUGUACCAGACUCUCAUCAAGGAUGGCGAUGCGUUGCUGAACAACGUCUCCAAGCUCAGCCGAGUGAUAGAUCUCUAG